UAGGGAGCAGCGCUGAUCCAGUCAUCUGCGCUCCUGGGAAGAGCCCGGAACCGAGCGACGCGACUCGUUUUGUUUUCUGACAAAGAUUUGUAAACGUUUGAGAUGUUUCUGUAGAAGCUCUCUUAGUUGUUUAGUUUUUACUUUUGUUGUUUGUUUUGGAUUUGUGUACUUUGGAGAUGAGUGCGUCAGUGAACGGAGUGGAACCCAAACCCGCACCAAAUCUGAACGGACCGGGUUCUGUUCCUCCGAGCCCCACCGAUGUCAAUACACCCGAGCCGGUGCUACCGGACGAGGAGCCGCAGUCCGCGGUGACGGACACCACGCAGAUGGGAAUCAAGUUCGCCAAGACAUUCCUGUUGAUUUUACCCAUAUACGUGCUGGGAUAUCUGGAGUUCAGCUUCAGCUGGGUCCUCAUCGUCCUGGCCGCGCUGUUCUGGCUCAGACGGAACCAGGGCAGCAGAUUCGCUCCGGUGAACCGGGCGCUGGCGUUUCUGGAGCAAGAGGAGCGAGCGGUGCGUCAGAGCGUCCGGAGCUCAGAGCUGCCGCCGUGGGUUCAUUUUCCAGAUGUGGAGAGAGUGGAGUGGCUUAACAAGACUGUACAUCAGAUGUGGCCAUAUAUUUGUCAGUUUGUAGAUAAAAUCUUCAGAGAGACCAUUGAACCGGCAGUGCAGGGAGCCAAUGCGCACCUUAGUACUUUUUUUCCUCCUCUCAGGGUGGAUGGAGUGAAAGUUUAUACAGAGAAUGUAGAUAAACGACAGAUUAUUAUGGAUCUACAGAUCAGUUUUGUCGGAAACACUGAAAUUGAUGUGGAUAUUAAGAAAUACUAUUGCCGUGCAGGAAUCAAGAGCAUACAGCUUAAUGGUGUGUUGAGGGUCAUCAUGGAGCCAUUGCUAGGAGAUAUGCCACUGAUUGGUGCACUGUCUGUGUUCUUCCUCAACAAACCUUUGCUGGAUAUAAACUGGACAGGUCUUACAAAUAUGCUGGACAUCCCUGGAAUAAAUGGUCUGUGUGACAGCACUAUUCAGGAUAUCAUAUACAGUUUUCUCGUGCUGCCAAACAAAAUCACUAUUCCACUUGUAAAUGAUGCACAGAUUUCCAGACUCCGCUUCCCCAUGCCAAAGGGUAUUCUGCGGAUUCACUUUCUGGAGGCACAGGACCUGGUAGGGAAGGACAAGUUUCUGGGUGGUCUGAUAAAAGGAAAGUCAGACCCAUAUGGUGUCAUUAAGCUGGGUAAUCAGCUCUUCAGAUCCAAAAUCAUCAAAGAGACAGUUAAUCCUAAAUGGAACGAAGUUUAUGAGGCAUAUGUGUACGAUCACCCAGGACAGAAUGUGGAGAUAGAGCUUUAUGAUGAGGACCAUGAUAAGGAUGAUUAUUUGGGAAGCCUUACCAUCAACAUAGAUGAACUAGAGAAGGAACAGAAAGUAGAUGAGUGGUUUGUACUUGAUGAUGUUGCUACAGGAAAGCUUCACCUGAAGAUUGAAUGGCUUUCUCUUCUCCCUACACCUGAUAAACUCGAUGAGGUUUUAAGCAGCAUUAAAGCAGAUAAAGGGCAGGCCAAUGAUGGACUGUCAUCAGCAUUACUGUUGGUGCAUCUGGACUCAGCCAAAAAUCUGCCAAGUGUUUUUGAGGGGCACGUGGGCAGUGGGUGUCUGAGAGAGCGCCGCUCUGCCGGGCUGGUGUUCUGUGAGGACACUUCUGCCCUCUACAGGACAAUGUUUCGCAAUCCUUUAGAAUUCAACAAUGCAGGUCUGAAGAAGGGUACAGUCAAUAAAGCGAUAAAGUCUGGUAAAAAGGUCACCAGUGUGCCCAGUCCAUUCGUCCAGUUUACUGUGGGACACAAAUCCUUUGAGAGCAAGACAAGAUAUAAAACCAACGAGCCGCUUUGGGAGGAGGCCUUCACAUUCCUGAUCCACAAUCCAAAGUGUCAAGAACUUGAAGUGGAGGUAAAGGAUGAGAAGCACGAGUGUUCCCUCGGGACGUUUUCUCUUCCUCUGUCAAAGCUGCUGCAGGAGGAUCAGAUGACUAUCAGUCAGCGAUUCCCACUCAGGAACUCAGGACCCGGCUCUACGCUUAAGAUGAAGAUGGCACUUAGGAUUCUCUCUAUGGAUAAGUUGGCAGUAUCAGAUCAGCCGUCCUCAGUUCAGAUCCGCCGCCCCAGCGAGACCCCCAACCCCUCUCCUCAGCGGCCCAAUGUUUCAGAGCCCAUCCCAGCAUCCAAAACCCAGCAGCCGACCCCAGCACCCAGAACCCAACCCUCCCCGCGGGUGGAGCCCCUAAUAGACAGCAGGCCGUUAGAGGACUCACCUACCCGUCUGGCUAAAUCGGGGCGGAGCACGUCUAACCUGGCCAUCUCUGGCUCUGAGCUACACCUAAACAGCAAAGAGCCGACACCCAGCAUAGCAUCUGACAUCUCUAACCCCAGCACCACCCAGGAGCUCCAGAAGACAAUACACCGAUUACAGAAUGGAGCCUCACCUGGUUUCGCUCCAUUGGGUGAAAUUCAGUUAACCAUCAGACACAGUCCCCAAAGAAACAAACUAAUUAUCGUGGUACACGGCUGCAGGAAUCUGAUCUCUUCUACUGAAAGUGGUUCUGAUCCAUAUGUCCGUUUGUAUUUGCUGCCUGAUAAACGACGCUCUGGACGCAGAAAAACAAACACGAUGAAGAAAACGGUGAAUCCGGUCUAUGAUCAAACGGUUGAAUUCAGCGUGUCACUUGUGGAGUUGCACAGAAGAACACUAGAUGUGGCUGUGAAGAAUGGAGGAGGAAUUCUGUCAAAACACAGAGGGCUGCUGGGAAAGGUGUUAGUUGACUUGACCUCUGAGGAUAUAUCAAAGAGCUCAACGCAAUGGUAUGAGCUUUCAGUGGACGGGCUGAGGCGACAAUCCCCUUAAUCACAGGAACCAACUUCUUUCUGCCUACACAUACUGUAUUAAAAAACUACAAAUCCCUACGCAAGACUCCAAACCUCAGCCAUAUUUAAGCCAUGUGUUUUAGCCGUGGGCAAAAUUGGUACAUGUUGGAUCUUCAGAUUUGAUCACUUUUAAUAGAUUUACAGUGUGAAAGAAGAAAAAACGCUAUUGAUGUUAUGUGCACUGACUUAGCCAGAGUGAAUGAGAGAGUGAGAGUGUUUAGAGAUUUUUAAAGUUAAAAAGGGAUACGGUUCAGCCACAUCUGUUGGAUUGAUUAGUUGUUUACGCAUUAAGACUUCUAAACCAAGAGUGGCAAACUGUAACAACAUCCGCCAUUUACACGUUAAUGGUGCAGAGAUUAUAUAAUAUAUAUAAUUAACCUCAGACUGUAAAUAUAUACAAAUAAAUCUUAAAAAGGAAUUCUAGUAUUUGGAAAAUAUUAACCCUAAGAGUUCUUGUUAAACAAGCACUGAACUCUUUGAAAGUGUUAUAUUAUCAUCUCUGUUAAUGCCUACAGAUGCUCCUUUUAGGAGACAAAUUUACCAAAGAAGUACUCUGCUCGCUCAUUAUAAAGAGUGUGUGAUUAAACCAAAUAUGCACCUAAAUGUUUUACACCCAAGUGUUCAUAUAUAUAUAUAUAUAUAUAUACACACAUACGUGUUAUGUGUUUUCUGGUGUGGUUCAGCAUCCACCACCACAGCACUGGCUGUCAGUGCUUAAACAUGCAUGGGCAGCUACAGUGUCACAUGACCCUGGAUAUCUAAUGCUGCCAUAUAUCUCUGUAUCUUGUUUGGCCUUUCUGUAGCACUCGGUCACAUAUUCACUCCUUCAAAAACACCUGGUCACCUCUCACCCACUGCAUCCCAGCUGUGCUUCCUCAGUCAUCUGCAUCUCAGAGUUAUAGAAAAUGUCUCGUGUGUUGUCUGAUAUUAAGUGAAGGCUGUGGUUUCGUCUGCUGCAGUGUCACUGAGCUGAGCUUAUGAUAUGCAGAUGGUCAAACCUCAAAACUGUUUUGAUUUUAUUCCUGUCAGCAAGAAUCUGUUUUUAUUGUAUAAAUUAUUGUGAAUAUUAUGACAGAUUUUAUGCUUAUUAUUAUGAUUAAUACUUAUCACAAAAAGCAAACGUAUGCAGUCAGAGUAACUCUCUGUGCUGAGCUUGCCUUAUAGAUGUAUAUAUAUAUUUCCUGAGCCUUAUGACCAACAAUAUACUUACCUUAGAGGAUAUUUGGCAUCAGAUACAGGAUCGUAAAGUCUCUGUAUUUGAUGAUGUCCACUGUAUUCUUUUCAAUAAACAAUUUAUUCUAUACCAUUAAUAGUUGAAUGGAGGGAAGGAAUAAU